UCAGAAGUCACAUGAACCAGUCCUGAAGCAAAAGUGAAAGCACCGGAGCCAGAUUUCGGCGCAGCAGCGAGCGGCGGAUUCGGUUCGGUUCCUCCAUCACCGCGUGAUAUUAACACGUCUCUCGUCGGGACUCGAUAAGAUGACAGUCACUUAUCUCACAGUUUAGUGGCAGAAAGUUUAUCGACUGUCGGUUUGUCUCUGAAGCGCAAACAUGGAAGAGAAGAGUCUGUUUCUCGAGGGUCUUCCGGCUGAUUUCGACCGUGUCAAAUCAAAGCUCCAGCUUUAUUUUAAGAAUAAAAGAAGAUCUGGAGGAGAGAUCGUGCAGAUUCGAGAACAUCACGAGGACAAGCGAAAAGCGCUUCUGGUUUACAUGAGCGACGAUGAUCUGAAGAAGGUGCUUGACAAAAGGGUGCAUAAAGUUGAUCUGAAACCUCAUGGAUCAGUGGAAGUGACCGUGAAACUCCCAGAAGACCCUGCGAUCAAGAAGACCAAACCACCAGUGCUUCCAAAACCCAACCCCGAGAGAUGCCUGCCCGCUCCAGCCAGACAGGUCUCUCCCGUCAGAAAGCCUGCAACAGCAAUUACAGCUCAUAAAGGAUUUCAAAACUUUUACAACGACACUUUGGACGUGUACAUAUUUGUUCAUUACACAGAAGAUGAGGAGGAUUCAGAAAUACCAGAUCUUCUCAUUAACACCCCUGGUUCAGUUGAGAAGGAAACCCUUCAGAUGUAUGUUGAGCAGUUCACAGAGCAGUUUGAGCUAGCAAAGCACGGAAAUAACAGCUGGAUCCUGAAGCUCUGCAGCCAGUCAGAUUUAGAGGAGAUUUUGGGCCAGAAAGAGCAUGGGUUUGGUAUAACGUUAGCAGUGUAUAAAGGAGGAGGUCUGGGAGAGCAGCUGGACCCGCGUCGCUUCAUCUUGACUGGCUUUGAUGGAGCCACAGACUGCAGGAUGAUCUCAGUGUUCAUCGGCAGCUGUAGCAAGACCACAGAGCACACCUGGGAGACGCUUGAUGAGGACAGGAUCGUUGUCAGCUUCAAACACGAUAUCGAUGUGACGUCAUUUCUAAGGAAAUGCACCUCGAGGCAGCUGCAGGGUCGAGACAUCGGAGUGACCCGUGUGGAGCGGACGGACUCGGUUCUGGUCCAGGGAGACUUGGAGCAGAUCAGUGAAGAUGUUCUCACACUUUACUUCAGCAACAAGAAGAGGAGCGGAGGAGGAGACGUCCAGUCCUUCAUAUGGAUCAACAGACGAAAGAGCGCGGCCAUCACCUUCGGAAACUGUGACGAUGCGCAUGCAGUGGUGGAACAAACACACAAUGUUUGCGGCACAGAAGUUCAUGCUUCACUGUUCUACUCAAGUUUACAAAAGGCUUUAACUGGAGAAAAACCAACCCUGACUGAUAAAAUAUCCACGAAAGUGAACGUUCCUGUCAGUGAAGAGCUGCUCCGUUUCUUUGAAACCAAUGAGCGAUGCAGAAAACAACUGGAGAACGAGGCCAAACUGCUUCACUCA